CGUAUUGCUUGUCCGUCCGCCGUUACCCGGUUAUAUAUGAUUCUUUUGGAGAAUAGGUGGAUACAAAGACAUCAUUUUGCGGUGCAUAUCAAAUAGAAUACAAGGGAACUCGUUUACAAUGUAUCGGUAUGUGUCGGGUCUGGACGACUGCGGUGCAUUCUGAAGAGGGACAAGGAGUAAUAUGUAUCAAGCAAUAACGGUUGCCAACCAGCAACAUCAUAGGGACGUGAAAUGAUGCUCUUCAUUCAUAUACAGGUUUCCCGUUUUCGGGACCUUUGGAUUUAUUCUUUGAUUUAAAUAUAAUAAUAUCGAAGUAGCCUAAUAGGCCUAGCAUUUCAUGCAAUCAAAAAUUAUUUGUGAAUUAGGCUAUUAGUGUUGUUAACCCAAUGCAACAUGUUGUUGGCAGUAGAGACUUCAUCGUUGCAUUAACUGAUUCACAGAAUACGUAUUUUCUUGGGAUGAUGUCCCUGUGUGCCCCACCCUCAGUCUCCCCUCCGCUGCCUUGUUUAGUCUCCAGAGUUCCUGCUCUCUGUCAGGGGCCCGCCUGCUGAUUCCUCCCCGACACCACGUCACGUCACAGGGAGGGCGAUGCGGCGGUUUGUCUACUGUAAGGUGGUGCUGACCACUUCGCUGGUCUGGGUGCUGGUGGAUGUCUUCCUGUUGCUCUACUUCAGUGAAUGUAACAAAUGUGACGACAGGAAGGAUCGCUCACUGCUGCCUGCUCUGAGAGCGGUCAUAUUGCGGACCCACGAGGGCCCAGGGGAGAUGGGGAAGGCGGUGGUUAUUGCAAAGGACGAGCAGGAGAAAAUGAAGGAGCUCUUUAAGAUUAACCAGUUCAAUCUGAUGGCCAGUGACAUGAUUGCUCUCAACAGGAGUCUGCCGGAUGUGAGACUGGACGGUUGCAAGACCAAGGUGUACACGGACGAUCUCCCCAACACCAGUAUAGUGAUUGUGUUCCACAACGAGGCGUGGAGCACCCUGCUCCGCACUGUCCACAGUGUCAUCAACCGCUCGCCACGCCACCUGCUGCAGGAGAUCCUGCUGGUGGACGACGCCAGUGAGAGAGACUUCUUGGGAAAGAAGCUGGAGAACUAUGGUCGGACCCUGGAGGUUCCCGUGCGGGUCCUGCGGAUGGAGCAGCGGACGGGGCUGAUCCGGGCAAGGCUGAGAGGGGCUGCGGCCACACGGGGACAGGUCAUCACCUUCCUGGAUGCCCACUGUGAGUGCACCAUGGGCUGGCUGGAGCCUCUGCUGGCCAGGAUCAAAGAGGACCGGAGAUCUGUGGUGUGUCCUAUAAUUGAUGUGAUCAGCGACGAGACGUUUGAAUACAUGGCAGGCUCAGACAUGACCUACGGAGGAUUUAACUGGAAGCUGAAUUUCCGUUGGUACCCCGUGCCUCAGAGAGAGAUGGACAGGCGUAAAGGGGACAGGACACUCCCACUCAGAACCCCUACUAUGGCUGGAGGGCUGUUCUCUAUUGACCGGACAUAUUUUGAAGAAAUAGGAACAUACGAUCCAGGGAUGGACAUUUGGGGCGGAGAGAACUUGGAGAUGUCUUUCAGGAUCUGGCAGUGUGGCGGCUCGCUGGAGAUUAUUACUUGUUCCCAUGUGGGUCACGUGUUCCGGAAGGCCACCCCUUACAGCUUCCCUGGGGGCACGGGGCAAGUCAUCAACAAGAACAACAGGCGAUUGGCCGAGGUGUGGAUGGACGGCUUCAAAGACUUCUUCUAUAUCAUAUCACCAGGUGUGGCCCGGGUGGGCUAUGGAGAUGUGUCCUCUCGUAAGGCCCUGCGUGAAGCUCUGCAGUGUAAACCCUUCUCCUGGUACCUGGAGAACAUCUACCCUGACUCUCAGAUCCCCAGGCGAUACUACUCACUUGGUGAAAUCAGAAAUGUUGAAACAAACCAGUGUGUGGACAACAUGGGCAGAAAGGAAAAUGAGAAAGUUGGCUUCUUCAACUGCCAUGGCAUGGGUGGGAAUCAGGUGUUUUCCUACACAGCUGAUAAGGAGAUCCGGACAGAUGACCUGUGUCUGGAUGUGUCUCGUCCCCAUGGCCCUGUGGUCAUGCUGAAGUGUCAUCAAAUGAAGGGGAAUCAGAUGUUUGAGUAUGAUGCAGAGCGGCUGACCUUGCUGCACGUCAACAGUAACCAGUGUCUGGACAUGCCUACUGAGGAGGACAAGAUGGUGCCCACCCUGAGAGACUGCACAGGCAGCCGCUCCCAGCAGUGGCUCCUUCGCAACAUGACACUGACGCUCUGAUCUGACCCAGGAGUAGGACCUCCACAUUCACUCACCACCACACCGGCCAGCCUCGCCCCCACCUAAACUGGCCACUACCUCACCUCGCUCCACCAGGUGUCUUUUAUCAUGAACAUGCUCCUGCCUCCUUCAGCACUCGCGGGUGGGGAUGAAGCAGGCAGGCAGCAGCCUGUAGUAUUUUAUUAUGGGGCUUCUGAGGCUCUGCAAGGGCUUUAUCUGAGAUGCUGCUCCUCUCAUUCAGUCAAUAUUACACAAAGUGGUUGCCUAGAGGUUGACCUGCACACUCUCAGCCAGAGCUCUCUGUAUGGUUGAAUCAUAUGGGCGCGUCUGUAGUGACGGUGACUAACACUUUUACAUAUGGAGGAAGCUGGAAUCAGCGAUACUGUAUAUGUCUGAUGGCUCUCAGGACUGGUCAUGUGUGAGGUCAGAGUUCAGACUUUAGUACAGCAGAAGCACCAAUAGCAGGACAGCAUUUCCUAGACAGAGCAUUGUAGUUUGCGUCUGUGGGGCUUCACAGACGAUCUACUCUGGCUCUGUACAUAAUUGUGUGUUUAAAGUGCAACCCUGCAAAGAGAUGAUUCUGUUCUAUGAUAUUGUACAACCCCAAUUCAUAUCUAUGUUGGAACCACCUGUAAAUCUGAGGGUGAAGGGUCUAAGGGUAAGGGUUGUUGUCAGGGUUGUGCACAGACCUUUCAGGGAGCAGGUGCUCAAAAUGAAAAAAGGGCACCCCCCUCUCUCUCUCUCUCUCAAAAAAAGAAAAUACUUUCAUAAAUCAGAUCUCGAAAUUCAUAACAUACUAACUGCCUCUGUCUCUUUAGCGAACAUUUUUACAUUUUUGAGCAUAGGCCUAUUUAUUUCAGAAACACACUCACUUGUCAAAAAUUGUAAGCAAGCCAGUUAGCUACAGUGCCUCCUAAAGACAUGAUUGACAUCGGGAAAGAGUGUAGGCUAUCAGUUGAUGAUUGAUGUUGAUGAUUGAUGUAUAUCUGCUAGAUAGCUAACUUGAUAUUUUUUUUUACUGAUUGUGAUUU